AGUCUGUAGUAGAAAGUGCGUAACAUUGUGGUAGAAACAAAAGUUAAAAGUGGUCGCUACUUAUGCGGUCAGUGACUCACGCUUCUUGACAUAUAUUUUUAUUUUAUUUUCAAAUAAUUCAGUGUAAUUCACGUUAUCGAUAAGUAUAAGUUGUAUAGUUGAGUUUCUAAAAUGUUUGUUUUAUAAUAUAAGGAAAGAUAUAUAUGUGAACACGUGAAUGUGUGUUUAUUGUGCGUGAACAACACAAAAGUUACUAUGGCCGAAAAGAAAAUUCAAGAAAACCCACUACCGGAAGAGCAACCUGCAGAAAAUGCAGACAAGCCAAAAGACACAGCACCAAUACCAGUGGUGGACAAAACAAGCACAGCGGUCCCAUUGCCAGCAGUACCACCCUCCGGAGUGGCGCCGAGGCUGUCAAUACCAAUGUUUACAAAGACUUCUCCUAAUGAUCUGUACCGCAGACUGCUGCCGGCGAUGCUGUUUGUCUUGACUUUCGUGACUGUUAUGACUAUGCUGCUUAUUUACAUGGAUACUGUUGCACUGGGCGCCCAGAAGUUCCGCGCGAACAUGUCCCGCGACUACGAGCUGGCCAGCAUCGCGCAGGGCUCGGCGGCGCUGGUGGCCUUCGUGCAGCAGCUGCACCUGGCGCCGCCGCACGCCGCGCUCGCGCCCGCGCCGCCGCCCGCCGCCUCGCCGCAAGUGCUGCUCAUGGACAGCCUCUAUGGCGAGAUUUACAACGGCACGUUCGUGGAGUUCGUCCCGUGCGGCGGGCGCUCGGCCACGUCGUCGUACCUGGAGGCGGCGCGGCAGUGGCGCGGCGUGCUGGUGCGCGCGGCGGCGCGCGACUUCCUGGCGCUGCGGGGGCGCGCGCGCGCGCUGCACGCCUGCCUCAGCCCCGCGCCGCACCCGCGCGAGGUGGCGUGGCCCGGCGCCGCCGCCUUCCGCGCGCGCGUGCUGUGCCUGCCGCUGCUCACCGUGCUGCUGGCGGCCGACGCGCCCGCCGCGCAGUACGUGCUGCUGGGCGGCCGCAACGCGCUGCCCGCGCUCACGCACCUGCCCUACGACGACCCGCGCGUGCAUCUGCAGGUGAUCGAAGUCCAAUUCAACAACGAUACGAUCCGCAACGAGACAACCAACUUCCUCAUGUCUAAGAACUAUACAGUGGCCGGCACGUUCGAGAGCAGCGUCAUGUACGCGCUCAAGGACGACCUGUGAGCGACUGUCAGCGGCCGGCGAAACGCGAGGUGAGUGGCGCUAGCGGAGCUUCGGGAGCCCAAUGCUGCCACUUGAAAAACAUACGUGGUAGAAUUGUGUACCUGUCGAUUUAAUGGUAAAUACAUUAUUUUGUUUGGUUAAAAAAAAAAACAAAUUCUAGAUAUCGUGGUUUAAUACGUAUUGUUUUAACAAAAAAUGUUUAAUAGAAUUUUGGUGUUGUAAAGUCGUAUUGUCAUGUUUUCAAAUUUUCUUUUUGGUACAUGUUCAAAGACAACUAACGCCAUCUGCCGCUAGGUUAGAUCGAGCACAAAAUAUAACAAACAAACAGUCCGAUCCAUCUUUAAUAAUAAUUUUAUAUUAAUUUUAUCAAUUCUCAGUGAAUG